CGGGCACGCGACGGGAAUCGAAUCUUUCUUAUUCUGUAAAGAGAGAAAGACAGAGGGAUCAAAUAGCUCACAUAUUCCUCGAUCCCCUCUGUCGUCUGCCCCGUCGCCUUGCUCUCCGUAUCCGUAUAGAUAGUAAACCGAAGCUCCGCAGCAGGCAGAACUACCAGAGUCGCAGCCACUGCCGGCCUUACCCAAAUCUGUUCCUCAGUACCAGUCGGCCUUUACUCCGGCGGAGACGACCCUCCUCUGAGGCUCUGAGCCGACCGAUAUGGAGGCGCUGCUAGCGGGCAGCUGGGGUUGGGCUGCCGCUGCGGCGACCUUCGGCGUGCUGCUGGCCGUCGCUCUCGCCGGCAAGGGGCACAAGGACCGCACGAAUGCGCCCCCAGUUGUUCCCGGUUUACCGCUUAUUGGGAAUCUGCAUCAAUUGAGAGAAAAGAAGCCCCUUAAGACCUUUGCAAAAUGGUCAGAUAUUUAUGGACCCAUAUACAGUAUAAGGAUGGGAGCUUCUUCUGUAGUUGUGCUCAACUCAACAGAAGUAGCCAAGGAGGCAAUGGUUGAAAAAUUCUCGUCCAUAUCUACUCGAAAACUACCUAAAGCAUUUUUAGUUAUCACCCGUGAUAAAACUAUGGUUGCGACAAGUGACUAUGGCGACUUCCACAAAAUGGCGAAGCGUUAUGCUAUGGCGGGUAUGUUGGGUUCUUCCGCUCAGAGACAAUUUCGGGACACGAGAGACAUGAUGGUUGAUAACAUGGUAAGCACCUAUCAUACGUUGGUGGCUGGUGACCCACAUGCUCCUUUGAACUUCAGACAAGUUUUCAGGGACGAGCUAUUCCGCUUGUCCUUGGUCCAGAGCUUAGGUGAGGAUGUGAGUUCAGUCUAUGUGAAGCAGUUUGGGAGGGUGAUAUCAAAGGAAGAAAUCUACCAGGCCACGGUGUCUGACAUGAUGAUGUGUGUAAUUGAGGUCGACUGGAGGGACUUCUUCCCAUACCUCAGCUGGGUGCCGAACCGGGGUUUCGAAAAAAAUGUUCGUGCCACGGAAUCUAGGCGAACCGCGGUGAUGCAGGCCUUGAUCCAUCAACAGAAGAAAAGAAUUGCGCUUGGCGAGGCAAGAGUAUCGUAUUUGGACUUCUUACUGGCGGAGGGCACACUGACAGACGAGCAAUUGACGAUGCUGGUGUGGGAGGCAGUCGUAGAAGCUGCAGAUACCACUCUGGUCACCACAGAGUGGGCUAUGCAUGAGCUUGCCAAAAACCCAGAGAAACAGGAACGUCUCUACCGGGAGAUCGAAGAGGUGUGCGGCGAGGAGACGGUCACCGAGGACCAUCUUCCUCGGCUGCCGUACCUGAAUGCCGUGUUCCAUGAGACGCUGCGCCUCCAUGCUCCAGUGGUACUUCUGCCUCCAAGGUUCGUCCAUGAGACAACCACGUUGGCUGGCUACGUCAUCCCAGCCGGCACAGAGAUCAUCAUCAACGUGAACAGGUGCAACAUGAACAAGAAGGAGUGGGAGGAGCCCGAGGAGUGGAGGCCGGAGAGGUUCCUGGAGGGGAGGUUCGAUGCUGCUGACAUGUACAAGACCAUGGCGUUCGGCGCCGGGAGGAGGGUCUGCGCCGGGAGCCAGCAGGCGACGAGCAUCUCCUGCGCCGCCAUUGCGCGGUUCGUGCAGGAGUUCGCCUGGAGGCUCAAGGAGGGCGACGAGGACAAGGUGGACACCGUCCAGCUCAUGAACUACAAGCUCCACCCGCUGUAUGUGUACCUCUCGCCCAGAGGGAAAAAGUGAAGAACCAACUGUCUUCAGAAGUGAACUGGCUGUCCUUCAGAACUUGUGAACAAACAGGAUGAUGGCAGCAUGAUACGACUUGUUCAUGAGCAGAACAACCAACUGUGGUCAGAAGUGAAGAAGUGAACAACCAAGUCUGUACAGCGAAUAAUGGUUAACCAGAACAAUUUGUUCACUUAGCUUUUGACCUUAUGUAGACUGAUUAGUCGGUUAAGAACAGAGAAAUUUCAUCUGAAGAAACAGAGCAGCACAAUUUGUAAGUAAAAGAAACGAAAUUCCCAGAUCACUCCACAGGAGACUUACAUACAAGGGCGUGGAAAUUAUUAAAAGGAAAA